AUGCCAGCUCUACCAUUCCCUCAAAAGAUGAAGUGGGAAAAACUUGACAAGUGUUUUGGGCGAUUCUUGGAGAUGCUGAAACACCUUUGCGUGAACAUUCCAUUCACAGAGGUACUCACUCAGAUGCCUACUUAUGCUAAGUUCUUGAAAGAAAUCUUGUCCAGCAAGAAGAAAUUAGAUGAGACAACAAUGGUCCAGCGGAAUGCCCACUGCAGUGCCAUAUUGCAAAAUAAAAUUUCUCAAAAUUGUGGGGACCCAGGAAGGUUCACCAUACCAUGCUCAUUGGGGAGUGAGAAAUUCGAUAAGGCCCUCUAUGAUUCUGGUGCUUCUAUAAAUCUAAUGCAUUUGUCUGUAUUCAGGAAACUGGAAAGUAAGCUUGGAGUGAUCAAAUCAAUACUAGUGUCCGUACAACUAGCUGACCAGACGACCAUUUUUCCUGAGGGAAUCAUUGAGGAUAUUCUAGUACAGGUGGACAAUUUUGUGAUCCCCAUAGACUUUAUUAUAGUAGAUAUAGAGGUAAACAAGGAGGUGCCUCUAAUUUCAGGAAGGCUAUUUUUAUGUGCAUGUAGAGCUAUCCUUGAUAUCUAUGAGGGGCAGCUUAUGCUCAGACUGGGCAAAGAGAAAGUGGUGUUCCAGAUGAAGAGGAUGAUGAAAUACCCCAAUGAUGAGGCAUCUGCCUACUCGUGCUUCAAGCUAGAUGUUGUUAGGGAAUUGGUUAAAAUAUACAAAACUGUGGAGGAUGAAGAUCCUGAAAUGAAGAAAGAGGUUAAAGCUCUUGAAACCGUGGAUCAAGUGGUUGAUGAGGAGGAACUAAAAGAAGAGGCUUCUAAGCCUAGUACACAUGAGCAAAAGCUAAUGGAACUGCUAAAAAGUACAGAAAGGCAAUUGGAUGGAGUAUAG